AUGGACUGGCCACACAGCCUGCUGCUCCUUCUUGCCAUCUCUAUCUUCCUGGGGCCAAGCCAGCCCCGAAACACCAAAGGCAAAAGGAAGGGGCAAGGGCGGCCUGGCCCCUUGGCCCCUGGACCUCACCAGGUGCCACUGGACCUGGUCUCUCGCGUAAAGCCCUACGCUCGAAUGGAAGAGUAUGAGAGGAACCUUGGAGAGAUGGUGGCUCAGCUGAGGAACAGCUCUGAGACAGCCAAGAGGAAAUGCGAGGUCAACCUGCAGCUGUGGCUGUCCAACAAGAGAAGCCUGUCUCCUUGGGGAUACAGCAUCAACCACGACCCCAGCCGCAUUCCUGCGGACUUGCCCGAGGCGCGCUGCCUUUGUCUGGGCUGCGUGAACCCCUUCACCAUGCAGGAGGACCGCAGCAUGGUGAGUGUGCCAGUGUUCAGCCAGGUGCCAGUGCGCCGCCGCCUUUGUCCGCCACCUCCGCGCCCUGGGCCCUGCCGUCACCGCGUCGUCAUGGAGACCAUCGCGGUGGGUUGCACCUGCAUCUUCUGA